CUUACUUGACAUGUUCCCUGCGCUUGACUGCUAAACGCCACCCUUGCUACUGACCCGCCUUCAAGGACUUUUGUCCCCCGGUAUCCCAUCCACAACGGUUCUCUUGCUGUUCAAGGAGCUCGGGAUUUGGCUCCUACGAUAAACUCACUCCUGGCACAUCCUGGAUUCGCGGUUCGUGUAGCGUCUCAAGAUUACCAUCCUCCGGACCACAUCUCUUUCGCGAUUAAUCACCCGUCACCCAACAAUCGUCCUUUUGAGUGUAGCAUCACAAUGACCAAUCCAGCUGCGGGGAAAGAGGCGGAGACCAAACUACAGACGCUUUGGCCUGUACACUGUGUCCAAAAAACUCCCGGGGCCGACAUUAUUCCCGAACUCGAUGUUACUAAGAUUGACUUAUUCGUGACAAAGGGUAUGCAUCCGCGCGUUGAAAUGUAUUCAGCUUUCGCAGAUGCCUUCGGAAACCAAGACCCCGCAAUAGUGUCUGUAAAUGCGGAUCUACGAUCUUUUCUACAUGACAGGGGUGUCACGGAUGUUUUUGUCGUUGGAGUGGCGGGGGAUUUCUGCGUCAAGUACACGGCCUUAGAUGCCGCGAAAGCAGGCUUUAGGAGCCAUGUUGUGCAGGACGCUACCGAAUGUGUGGUACCAGGGUCCGGAUGGGAGGAAACCGCACGCGAACUAGCUUCAGCUGGCGUGUCAAUUGUUCGAUCUGACGGCCCUGAAAUUGUUGGUCUUGCCUGACCGCUUUAGAGCAUUUUGUUGGUCAGAUACAGCUAGUCGACGUAGACUUGCUUCAUGUGGCGACAGGUAGCGCCGGACCAACGGCAUGCUAAUGCAUGACCGUUAAGUAGCC